CAGAUGAGGUCCCGAAGCACUAGAGCCCACGUCCUUUCUCCAUGGACGCUGACAGUGACAGACAGAAAUUUGACGAUCUCCAGGUACGAUAGGCCUUCCGUACAGCAUCACUAAACGGGAAGAAAGAUGCUGAUACCCCUGCGUCUUUCGUGAUUUUACGCACUAUCACAACGUUACUUUGCCGUGAUGGUGCAGUAAAAGGAAACCGUGGAAGACACAAGGCCGCCGACGUCUCGGGAACAAUGGAAAGUUAACUAAUUGGCGAAUCAGGACCCUGCUACACGUUGCGUGGCGCGUGGUCUAGAUAAAGUCCGACAUCUUUCUGUUUUUCUCGGUUCAGCGUUUCCUUAAGUUCUCUUUGGUCUGUUACACUAAUAUUUCUAGUCAACCAAAAAGCCAUAGCUGAUCCAAUGGCGCGCCUACCCGACCCGCUGGCACAGAUUCUCAUUGGUGCUACUUUUGCUCUGAUUCUCUUUGGAAUUGUGGUUUUUCAAACGUGGAACUACUUCAACAACUUCAAUUACAAGGACAAUGGUCGGUUGAAGGCCUUCGUGGCCUCACUUUUCAUGCUCGAUUUUGCUGCGACUAUCUUCCUGCUCAUUUGGCUCUACCGCGUCUUGGUUACUACGUGGGCCGAUAAUACAUCUCUUAUGCAGAUUUAUUGGACACUGGUAACAGGACCCGUUCUUCUCGGUAUCAUCGGACCUUUGGUCAUUACGUUCUUUGCUUUGAGGAUACACGCCCUCAUUACCAGAUGGUGGGUCCCGGGAGUGAUCUGUGUUCUUGCAUUUGCAUCCUUCGCUGGCGGCAUCGCCUCCGGAGUCGCUGGUGCAAAGAUGGAUACGUUUGCUGACCUGGAAGAUGCUAAAGCCUCGCUCGGUGUAUGUUUGGUCCCGGCUGCCGUAGCCAAUAUCAUUAUCACCGGCGCGAUGUCACAUUAUCUGUUCCGUCGAAAGGAUAAGUUCAGUCUCGCCAGCAGGACUCUGGACACAAUGAUCCAAGUGUCUGUUCAGAAUGGCCUUGUAACGUCCUUGUUGUCAUCCGCACAAGCGAUUCUGUUUCUUUGUGACUCCGGUCCCUACUAUCUUGCUCUCUCCUUUGUCAUGCCCAAACUCUACGCGAACAUGGCUCUAUCUGCGCUCAACUCUAGGAAAAUAAUCGACGUGAAAAAACCUGAGGUUCUCGCGAUGCCAUCAGGGGAUUACGCCUCGAAUGCCUACAUGCCGCACCGUACAGUACACGAAACCCCAGGUGUUUUCGUCAACGUCGAGACGACGCGUGCUCACGAUACUGAUCUCAAGGAUGGGUGGGGCGGGAACCUAACCCCAUCGGAAAAGGAAUCGCCGCCUUCCAGCUCGAAAGACCUACCUGUCCUUCACGAACAAAAUUGCCACGCCCAGUAGAAGUGUUCAAGUUGUCGGUACAAUCUAGUUGUAUUCUAUCUGUUGAGAAGAUCUAUGUAUGUAUGGUUACUGGUAUCACCGUAGUCGAUUCUUUGUUCCCUUGGUCGAAUAAUCAGCGCACGAAUUUCGGGCUAGAUCCGGCUCUCGGGCCGUACUGUCCCUGCCGUGACUGCGUCAUCAAUGAACA